CUCACAGCUGACAGAUGACACACUGAAUUUCUCUUUUCUUUCUUUCUUUAAGUUCUUUAGGUUCGUGGGACGCGUGGAAUCGUCGUGACAGUGAAUCCGGGAAGGAAAUGACGCGGCUUUCGCGCGCAACAUUUGGCGUCGUGUGCGUGUUUCUGUGGACGCGCGGCGUGGACGCGUCUGACGCCUCGCGACAGGAUUGUCCAGAGAAUAAGAUGCUGAUGGUGGAGUAUCCGUGUUUGAGAGCUGGCGGUCAGAGAAGCAUCUGUCUCAGGAGGAAGUGCUGUGAAGGCUUCAGGUUUGUGAUGGGUCAGUGUGUGCCAGAAAGUGUGGAUGUGUGUGCCGGCUCUCCCUGUGAGCAACAGUGCACGGAUAACUUCGGGCGAGUGUUGUGCACGUGUUUCCAUGGUUACCGCUUCCACCGCGAGAGACAUCGCCAACACCUGCACCCAUACUGCAUCGAUGUGGAUGAGUGUGAGGAAUCAAACAAUGUGUGUGAACAUGUGUGUGAAAACACUCCUGGAAGCUUCCGUUGCAGCUGUAAUGCUGGAUACACACUGACAGCAGAUCAGCGCUCAUGCGUCUUGAUUUCCUCUGUAAAGUCUGAGACUCAGAUGAGCUCUGGAUCAUGUUCUCUCAGCUGUCGAGACUUCAUGAACAUGAGGAGCAGUUUACUGGAGAUCGCACUCCUGCUGGGACACACACCUGCACAGGGUUUGUCUCCCAGUCCUGAAAGCAACCGCCACAAACCGGCUCACGAGAGAACUGGGAAAAAUCCCGAUACUGUCACCGUCACUGGACCUGCUGGACCUCCGGGACCCCCUGGUCUGCCAGGUGAGAGGGGGGUCGAGGGGCCGGCGGGACCACAGGGGCCCAGAGGAGACAUGGGUCCAGUGGGGCCCGCAGCGCAUCUGGAGCACACACAGACGGGCCGGCGGGGGCCGCAGGGAUCUCCAGGAGCGCCGGGGAAAGACGGACAGAAGGGAGACAGAGGUUUUCCUGGACCCAGAGGAUCUCCGGGGCCUCCAGGGUCCUUCGACUUCCUGUUACUGAUGAUGGCAGAUAUCCGUCAUGACAUCAUCGAGCUGCAGGAGCGCGUGUUUGGGAAGAGGCGUGGCCUGUCGGUGGACACGCCCAUUAUCACCAGCGGAGAGGCGGAGCUUGAGGACUGGGCGUCAGGACAGGGCGAGCUGAACCCGAACACGUGAGCCAAUCAGACAUGACCCUGAACAGGGGGUGAUGUACAGUUCACAUCAUCAGAUGCUUCACAUGAUCAAAUCAAGCAUGCAUAAUGAAUGCUUUACCUAAAAGACUGUAAGAUGAGUCUUGAAAGACAGUAGUGAUGUGAAUAACACUCCUCUUCGUUCUUACAGUGCACAGUGUGCAUACUCAUCUCUGUAUUACAGUCACUGUGUGAGAUUGUGUAAAGCUCAACUUCAGCUUCCGUUUUCUGUCACAAAUGAACUCCAAGAUUUUUAACAUCUCUCUCUUGACUCGUUUUUUUUAUUAGACUUGCAAAAGUUCAGGCAAUUUUACUUAAAACUUGCUUAAAAAAUUAAAUAUUGUUGCAUACUCCUUUUUAUAAUAUUGCAUCCUACAUAGUGUGCCGUAACAAAAAAAGUCGUAAUUGUGAGCAAAAAAGUCAGAGGAAAAAAGUCGUAAUUAUGAGGAUAAAAGUCUUAAUUGUGAGGAAAAAAAGUCAAAAUUGUGUGGAAUAUUGUGACGUGUUCCCCGAAGAAACUCAAGACUACAAUGGAGGCGUUUCAGGAGUUCAGAAACACUGACUCUGAUAUAGAGGAGAACUGGAGCUCCUCAUGCUCACACACUGAAGAGAUGAAGAUGGAGAAAAGCAUCACAGGUCCUCUUUGGUCCUCAGGUCCUCACAGGUCCUCUGGAGUGUGUAUUGGGGUGUAUUGGGUGUAUUGGGAUCCAAUUACGGAGUGAAAUGUGUUAGCUGAUCCGCCCGUCACGCUGAGCGUCUGUGUGUCGACAAAAUGUUCCCACUGUUGCAUUGUUAAGUAGACAGAAAAACGCAGAAAGACAGAAAACAUCUCCAGAGCCUCGAAAUCACUGUUUCAAAGGCAUUCAUGUUCCCCCCAUUAGCAGAAUUAGGAGAAAAAAAGUCAGAAUUGUAAGAAAAAAA